AUGAUUCGUAGCAUUUCAUCAAGACUAGAUGAAAAUGGAUUUCUAAAAGAAGAAAAUAGAGGAAAACAUGAUAAUCAUCCCCAACUUGAUGAAGAUUUAGUGCAAGCUAUUAAGAAUCACAUAAACUCUAUACCCAGAAUGGAGUCGCAUUAUGUGAGAGCAAACACAGAACGUGACAGUUGGUAUGUAACAAGAAACAAAAUGUGGAAAAUUGAUAAAUAUUUGACAUUGAGAAAGAAAAAAGAAAAGAAUCAGGUCGUAUCUUCUCCAACACCUGGAAACACUUCUCUCUUCCUCGAUUUAGUUGCAAAUAUUGACGGCUGGUUCAAAAUAAGGAUGAAUUUGCUGUGGAAGUGGCACUUAUCUCUAGUAAAAUUGCAGUUAGUUCGAAAUAUAGAAGGCAGCAGAUUGAAAUUAGGUUUAGAUCACGGUAAUCUGGUUAAUAUAUCGUGUGAUUUCGACUAG